AUGGAGCGCCACAAGCAAGCCGUGGCCAAAAUCGCCACCGCCGUGCGCGGCUUCUUCGACAAGAAGGAGUCCUACCGCAUCUUCCACGGCUCGACAAACAGCACCAGGCCCCGUCCCCGUCCCGGCGCGCGAAUCGUCGACAUCAGCGCCCUGUCCAACGUUGUCGGCGUCGACCGCAGCUCCCGCACGGCGCUGGUAGAGCCCAAUGUCCCCAUGGACAGACUCGUCGAGUCGACCCUGCGUCACGGCCUGGUGCCCCCCGUGGUCAUGGAGUUCCCCGGCAUAACCGCCGGUGGUGGCUACGCCGGGACAGCCGGGGAGAGCAGCUCCUUCAAGCACGGCUUCUUCAACGAGACCAUCAACUACGUGGAAAUGGUCCUGGGCAAUGGCGACGUCGUGAGGGCUUCCAACGAGGAAAAGCCAGACUUGUUCCAGGGCGCGGCGGGAUCCGUGGGGACGCUGGGCAUCACCACGCUCAUGGAGCUGAAGCUCAUCGAGGCCAAGAAGUACGUGCGGACGACAUACCACCGCACCGCCAGCGUGGCAGAGGCCGUGGAAAAGGUGCGCGCAGAAACGCAGAACCCCGACAACGACUACGUGGACGGCAUCCUGUUCUCCAAGGACCACGGCGUCAUCAUCACGGGCACCAUGACGGACGAGAAACCGGCCGAUGCCAGAGUACAAACCUUCAGCCGUGCCCGCGACCCCUGGUUCUACCUGCACGUCAAAGACCGCACUAAAUCCACCGCCUCGUCUGCUCCCCCUUCCGUCGUAGACUACAUCCCCCUGGCAGAAUACCUGUUCCGCUACGACCGCGCAGGCUUCUGGGUCGGCGCCCAAGGGUGGACAUACUUCAAAUACGUGCCCUUCAACCGCUGGACGCGCUGGCUCCUCGACGACUUCAUGCACACGCGCAUGCUGUACCGCGCGCUGCACGCCUCCGGAGAAUCGGCCCGCUUCGUCGUCCAGGACCUCGCCCUGCCGUACGACAAGGCCGACGAAUUCGUCAACUACACCACCGACGCCUUCGGCAUCUGGCCCCUCUGGCUGUGCCCGCUCAGGCAGACUCUCCCCCCGACUUUCCACCCGUACACAGGCGAGACGGAAACCGCCGCCGACGGAUCGACAGCUCCAAAGGAUAUUCUCAACAUUGGCCUGUGGGGAUGGGGCCCCGCCGACCACGACGAGUUUGUCACCAAGAACCGCGCCCUGGAAGACAAGCUCGUCCAGCUGGGCGGGCGCAAGUGGCUGUACGCACAUACAUACUACGACCAGGACGAGUUCUGGAAGGUCUACGACAAGAACCGGGGCUGGUACCAGUCCCUGCGGGACAAGUACCACGCCACGACGCUGCCCACUGUCCACGACAAGGUCAAGAUCGACGUUGAUGCCGCGCGGGAGGAGCGCAAGCGUACGAAGCAGUUGCUCAAGAGCAGGUGGCCUGUGGGAGGGCUGUAUGGCAUCUGGCAGGCUAUAAAAAGCAAGGACUACCACUUGCAUCGCCGGGCCGAGUGGAAGUACAAGGGCGACAACUAA